AUGAUUGACUGGAUGGAUGACUGGAUGAUUGACUGGAUGAUUGACUGGAUGGAUGGAUGGAUGACUGGAUGGAUGAUUGACUGGAUGAUUGACUGGAUGGAUGGAUGGAUGACUGGAUGGAUGAUUGACUGGAUGAUUGACUGGAUGGAUGGAUGGAUGACUGGAUGGAUGAUUGACUGGAUGAUUGACUGGAUGGAUGGAUGGAUGACUGGAUGGAUGAUUGACUGGAUGAUUGACUGGAUGGAUGGAUGA